AUGGCGACCCACGUCGUGCUCUCCAACGGCAUCAAGAUGCCCUUCGUGGGUCUGGGCACCUGGAAGUCCUCUCCGGGCAAAGUGACGGAGGCUGUGAAGGUGGCGAUUGACGUUGGGUACCGCCACAUUGACUGUGCCCACGUGUACCAGAACGAGAACGAGGUGGGUGUGGCCAUCCAGGAGAAGAUCAAGGAGCAGGUGGUGAAGCGUGAGGACCUCUUCAUCGUCAGCAAGCUGUGGUCCACGUACCAUGACAAGAACCUGGUGAAAGGAGCCUGCCAGAAGACGCUCAGCGACCUGAAGCUGGACUACCUGGACCUCUACCUUAUCCACUGGCCCGUCAGUUUCAAGCCCGGGAGCGAAUUUUUCCCGUUGGAUUCCAAGGGCAGCGUGAUUCCCUCUGACGCAGAUUUUGUGGACACGUGGGAGGCCAUGGAAGAGCUGGUGGACGAGGGGCUGGUGAAGUCCAUUGGGAUCUCCAACUUCAACCAUCUCCAGAUCGAGAAGCUCUUAAACAAACCUGGCUUAAAGCAUAUGCCGGUGGUGAACCAGAUCGAGUGCCACCCGUACCUCACUCAGGAGAAGCUGGUCAAUUAUUGCCAGUCCAAAGGCAUUGUGGUGACGGCCUACAGUCCCCUCGGCUCUCCCGACAGGCCCUGGGCCAAGCCCGAGGACCCUUCCCUGCUGGAGGACCCCAGGAUCAAAGCCAUAGCUAAGAAGUACAAUAAAACCACAGCCCAGGUUCUGAUCCGGUUCCCCAUCCAGAGGAAUUUGAUCGUGAUCCCCAAGUCUGUGACCCCUGAGCGCAUCACCGAGAACUUUCAGGUCUUUGACUUCGAGCUGAGCAGCGAGGAUAUGACCACCUUACUGAGCUACAAUAGGAACUGGAGGGUCUGUGCCUUGGUGAGCUGUGCCUCCCACCAGAAUUAUCCCUUCCAUGCCGAGUUUUGA